GUGAAGUACACUAGACUACGGGUAAAAUGCGUGUCCACCUUAUCUGACAAAAAUUAAUACUUCAAAGUCUCACACAGGUCACCUGGCAUACAUUUACAUCCAAGGAAUAACAUGGGCCGUUAUAAAAGAGACCUCGUAAACACGGACUCUGAGAAAACAAAACCUACAUGUACCAAGUUUAGACGGGUUCGAAUUAAAACUAUGCGCGAAGUGAAAUUCGGAAGACUGUCAGUUUAUCUCGAAAUGUUAAAUGUUCGAAUGAACUUGCAAUAUUUCUAUCUUGAAUACACUGAAAGAGUUUUAAGAUUUGAAUGCAGAAAAGGUAAACGGCACAAGAAACACAUUUCAAAGUUUAUGAAAAAUGCCGUCAUUUCUGGUCAGGUGAUGUGUCAUGUUGUGGGCACAUCUAUCGCAAUUGGUGGAAGAAGCAUGCUAGUACCAUUAUCAGAGCUGAGACCAGUCUUGAGUGCUAAAGGAAACUUUGACAAUCGUAUGACAGGCAAGGGAUUGCUGGACAGACAUUUUGUAAACACAUUUGCAAAUCUCGACGUUUCUGAAGGCACAAAAGACGCAUGUCUGACGCAGAUCAAGAAGACGGAAACGGAGACCCCCAGAUCACAGACGGAAAUAUUGGAGGGACAGGGGAUGCAGGGAAAUGGUCAAAGAAUAUGCGAACCACAAGGACCACAAGGGUCCCAUGAUAACGAUGUCAUAAAUUCAUCAGAUGUGCUUGAAGAACACCAACCAGAAUCCAUAAAUUAUCCUGACACCCAUGAUGUAAACGAGCAGGUGCCUCCUGGCACUAGUAUCCAAUGGUCCCAUGCUGAAAAUCAUGGGCAAGAGACAGGCGAAGAGGAAGAAGAAACGGCACCCGUCCAAGAAAUUCCCGAAACUGCAGCGACUGAGAAUGACGGCGAGCAGAAUGUCCAAGCAGGUAUCAGCUCAGUACCGGAAUGGCUUAAGAAAAUCACAAAGAUUCAAACGCCAGAGGAAAGCCGAAGGGAAAACUUAGAAAUAAGUAAGGGAAUUUUCGUGCAAGAAUGGCAAGCGUUGAACGAAAUCCAAGCUUUUGAAAUUUUGGACGAAUUUGAAACGAAUUUGCUGCUUUGCAGUUGGUUAGUUAGAGGGAUUCGUCCCCAUCUUUUGGAAGAACAACUUCGUUUUGAACUUAGGCGCCAUCUACAGGAAGCACGCGUCGAUGCCGAAAUCGAGAUUCAGGACUGGAUAAUGAAUAAAAGUGGACAACCAUACUUGGACAGACGAAAUGCAUUCUUACAGCAUCAGUCCCAGAAAAUGAAGAAAUCUUUGAGAGAAACUUUUGAAUUAGAUAAUGUGUAUUAA